CAUGGCUUGGGGCGAGCUGGGGCUGCUCCGCUGGCUGCGGGAGAGCCGCCAGUCCCGCAAGCUCAUCCUGCUCAUCGUCUUCAUCGCGCUGCUGCUGGACAACAUGCUGCUCACCGUGGUCGUGCCAAUAAUUCCCAGUUACCUUUACAGCAUCGAACACGAGAAAAAUGCCACAGAAAUGCAGACCACUAAGCCUAACCCACCCUCAGCAACGAUGGACAAUUUUCACAGCAUCUUUUCCUACUACGACAAUUCCACCAUGGUCACUGGAAACGAGUCUGGGGAUCCCCAGCGCGGGGAGCUGCGGCCGACCCCGACAGAGCAGAUGCUUGUGAGUGUGACCCCUGCCCCCUCUGACUGCCCCAAGGAUGACAAGGAGCUGCUGAAUGAGAACGUCCGAGUCGGUCUCUUGUUUGCUUCCAAAGCAACAGUGCAGCUGAUGACCAACCCCUUCAUAGGCCCUCUGACAAACAGAAUAGGCUACCAGAUUCCGCUGUUUGCUGGCUUCUGCAUCAUGUUUGUUUCAACAAUCAUGUUUGCCUUCUCUGGAAGCUAUGCAUUGCUAUUUAUUGCCAGGUCCCUUCAAGGAGUGGGUUCCUCAUGUUCUUCUGUGGCAGGGAUGGGCUUGCUUGCCACUGUUUAUACGGAUGAUGAAGAGAGAGGCAACGCAAUGGGAAUUGUCAUGUCUUCACAACUGUGUCCUUUCCUUUCCUUGGCAGUGGGCCCCCCUUUUGGGAGUGUCAUGUACGAGUUUGUGGGGAAGAGCUCUCCUUUCCUGGUGCUGGCAGCCCUGGCUCUGUUUGAUGGAGCUGUUCAGUUACUUGUUCUGCAGCCCUCCAGAACACAGGCAGAAAGUCAGAAGGGGACACCUUUACUGACACUUUUGAAGGACCCAUAUAUCAUUAUUGCAGCAGGAUCAAUCUGUUUUGCAAACAUGGCUAUUGCUAUGCUUGAACCGGCUUUACCCAUCUGGAUGAUGGAGACCAUGUGCUCAAAAAAAUGGCAGCUUGGCGUUGCUUUUCUUCCAGCCAGCAUCUCUUAUCUCAUUGGGACGAAUCUUUUUGGGAUACUUGCACACAAAAUUGGAAGGUGGCUUUGUGCUUUGCUCGGGAUGCUAAUCGUGGGAAUAAGUAUUUUAUGUGUACCAUUUGCUAAAAACAUUUAUGGGCUGAUAGCGCCAACGUUUGGGGUUGGAUUUGCCAUAGGGAUGGUGGACUCCUCCAUGAUGCCAAUCAUGGGCUACCUGGUGGAUCUGCGCCACGUGUCAGUCUAUGGCAGCGUGUACGCCAUAGCCGACGUUGCCUUCUGCAUGGGUUUUGCCAUAGGUCCCUCUGCUGGUGGUGCCAUUGCCAAGGCCAUUGGAUUCCCAUGGCUCAUGACAAUUAUAGGAAUUGUGGAUAUCCUCUUUGCUCCCCUGUGCUUUUUCCUUCGAAGUCCACCUGCCAAAGAGGAGAAAAUGGCAAUACUCAUGGACCACAACUGUCCCGUGAAAACAAAAAUGUACACCCAGAACAACAUCCAAUCCUACCCCAUAGGUGAAGAAGAGGAGGAAUAUGAAAGUGAUGAAUAACAGAAAAGCCAUAUAAUAUAUUUAGGUGUACAAAAUGCUGUGGUUCAUGUGAAACAUCUCAUCCAGAAAUAGGUUUUAGUUGUACUGUAAAUCUAAUAGUGAAAUGGUCAGAAAAAACCAAAGGUAUAUUAUUUAUUGCCCGUGACUAUACAGCAGACUGCAAACCGCCUUACAGGGGGGAAAGAGCUUUUAUAGACCAUUUGUACAGUGUUACUCUUUGUGUAUUUAUUUCAAUUGAAUAUUAGACUCUAUUUUUUAUUAAAUGUGUAGUAAAAAUCUGUAUAAAAUGUGAAUUUUAACUAUUUGGUUUUUAAAGUCACCUCCUUGACAGUAUUUCAUAUUUUAUUUGGAGUUAGAGGUUACUGUCAAACUUGAGUCUUUCUUAUUUAAUUGGAAACUUAAAAAAGCAAUCCUCAAAGAAAACCUAUCCAGUUUGCAUCCUUUUAAGUGCAUUGAGAGGAGCUGGAACUCGGACUACGGACAGCACUAUCACUUUUUUCAUCAGCUUCAGGUCAUAAUAUAUCUAAAAAACUAAAUAAGAGGCACAACUUCUCUGCCAGCUUAAAUAGUGAGUUCUCCCUGAACCAGCAAUGUUGAGGAAAACAUGGUUGCUAAACAGAUGGGUGUAUUGCUAUUAUUGGUAUUUAACAAAGUUUUAAUUAAGCAGUUGUGCAAUAUGAAGCCCCCCAAACUCACAGCACCAGGUAAACAUGCACUGUUCCUUUCCCUUAGCCGGGAAUGUAACAGCAUGAGGAUACUUUUUAUAUUUCUCUUUUGCAUCUUUCACCAUAUAUUUCAACUUUAUUUUAGCUGCAUCACCAGUGAGUGGUUAGGAAAAGCUGCAGUAUUACAAUAUUUAGUCGCAGCAUGUACUGAAAGUGAGCUGCGAACUGGAACAGUUCAACUGACUCUUCUACAUGCAUUUAUAUAUACACCUAAAAAUUCAAUGUACAUUUAUUUUGUUAAAUGAGUUCAAAUAUACUCUUUGCUUAAAAAAAUGGAAGCAAAGCCAGUUUGUUGCCACUCUUAACAUUUGUGGGCACAGUCCAAUACAGGUGAAGUAUUGUAUUAGGCAGUAUGCCUGCACUUAGAAAAACAAGACUUGGAAAACAAAGCAUUUUAAAAACAAUCCCAAUGUCCUUCUCAGCCAUGGUGUAUCAUUUCAUUUGUAAAAUGAAAAAUCUUUAUGUGCCUUCUCUCAUGUAAUUGCAGAUGUUUUAUGUACUACAGCAUAAAUACUAUGUUUACAUAUAGUUUUGUAAAGCAUAUAUACUAUGGUCAAAAAAUAUGAAAAAUAUAGUGGAUCAAACUUCAAAUAUUGCUCUGUCAAUAAUUAUGCAUUCAGAACACAUCAAAAUAAAGUUAUCUGACAGAAGUUCAUGAUCUAUUGUAAUAAAGUGAGAAAAGAAAAAGGAAUGACCCCCCAGCCCCUUGAGUCACCUGCAGUGUGCUUUACCAGUGUGGGGGAAGCACUUCUCAGAGCUCCUUCAGACACCAAGGUUCUGUCCUGUGAUGAAUUCUUCAGCAAGUAAUAAUUGUGCAGAUCAGUGGCUGUUUACAUUAGGCUCAGAUUUUACUGUGAUUUGCACACUUGGAACUUUGCCCCAAGAGCUGUUAUUCUACUCCACUGAAGUCUUUUGGUCAACAUCAAAUUGUUCAUCUGAUCAAAUUUGGGACUGAAAUACCAAUGCAAGAAUUCUAAAUUAUUACAGGACGUGUUCAUCUUUU